AUUAUGCCAACUGCACGGAGAGGAUUGCCAACGUGUCACCAACAGAUGUUAGUAGCCUGAUUUACCUCACUGGUUACUCAAUCAGCUUGGCUGUACUGUCUCUGGCAGUCUUCGUCUUCUUGUAUUUCAAGGAUCUGAGAUGUCUUCGCAAUACAAUACACACAAAUUUGAUGACAACAUAUAUUUUGUCUGCGUGUAGUUGGAUGUUAAACUUAGCUUUACAAAAUUGGUCGGAUGAAGCGCCGUCAGACCAGACCUCAUGUAUGAUUCUGGUGAUAUGCAUGCAUUACUUCUACCUCACGAACUUUUUCUGGAUGCUUGUUGAAGGCCUCUACCUGUAUAUGUUGGUCGUCGAAACUUUCACAGCCGAAAACAUAAAGUUAAAAGUAUACACGAGUAUUGGAUGGGGUGCUCCAGCUAUUUUCAUCACAAUUUGGGUGAUAGCAAGAUGUUUCGUCACUGUGGUGCCAUCUACUGGUCCUGAUGGGCUAACACUAGCUAGCGAUGCCAAAAUGUGCACAUGGAUUCAUGAACAUCAAGUAGAUUGGAUUCACAAGGCGCCAGCGUUAAUCGGUCUUGCGCUCAACUUAUUUUUUUUAAUAAGAAUUAUGUGGGUCCUAAUCACAAAGCUGCGUUCAGCAAAUACCCUCGAAACAGAGCAGUACAGAAAAGCGACGAAAGCGCUUUUAGUGCUGAUUCCACUUCUGGGCAUCACCAAUCUGCUUGUACUCUGUGGACCAAGUGAUGACUCAUGGUUCGCCUAUGCCUUUGACUAUAGUAGGGCACUAAUGCUAUCCACACAGGGUUUUACAGUCGCGUUGUUCUACUGCUUUAUGAACACGGAAGUUCGGCACGCGAUUCGGUACCAUGUGGAGAGGUGGAAAACUGGACGAACGAUUGGCGGGGGAAGGAGAAGAGGAGCGUCCUACUCUAAGGAUUGGUCUCCAAGAUCAAGGACGGAGAGUAUUCGUCUAACAAGUAAAAUGUGGGACAGAUUAUAUAGCCAGCCAUCAAAACGGGAAUCAGCUGCGUCUGAGACGACUACCACAACGUUAUUGGUACCGAGGACAUCACUGGCUCCCCUCUACGACACCAAGCACUUACAUGCCGAUUACAUCACAAGCGGUAGCGCGAGCGGCGAGCAAUCCCCCGUGUGAGGAGGGGGGCGGGAGAGGCGCCUGCGCACCUUGCUUGAAGAAGACGCUCCUCCCGCCAUAGAUCCCAAACAAAUAUCCCACAAUGGAACUCUAGAUAUAUCUGUGGAAGUGACUAUUCCAGUCGAUAAUGAUCUCAGGUCAAAAUGUUUAAAUGGUCUUUAUGUGUUACCUCUUGAGAAUCAGUAGGUUAUUUAAUUAAAUAAUUGAUUGUAAUAUAUCUAAUAGUAUAAUCUACCUUAAGUUACCAAAUAUUUACCUUCAUACUUUGGAUAAGGUCCCUUAUUCACAAAUCGAUCCCGAUCGCCACAUAUAUUAAGAGAACUACAUCCAACUGGCAUACGUCGCCGU